GAAAGAUUCACAAAUACUAACAAAUCCUCAUCCACAGGCCGUCCCAACCAUGACAUCAUCCCUCUGCCCGCCCGGCGUAACGCCUAGCGUCAUCGUCCCGGGCAUCCCGGCAGGCACCACGCAGACGGUUGGCGUGGCUCCCGCCACCACCCCCGCCGGCGCUCCUCCUGCUUCUCCUUCUUCCAUGGUCUCCGUCGCUUCCGGUUCUUCGCCGGAGAACACGGUUCCCGCCGGCGCUGCCCCGGCCGUCGGCUCGACCACCACGUACGCCGCGGGUGCUGCUCCCACGUCCGCUAGCGUUAGUGCUGUCCACGGAACUUCGACUGCGUCGCCGAGCGCGGUCGAGGUGAGCGGUGCCCAGAGCCUUGGUCUCGGCGGUUUGGGCGUCGCUAUGGCGGCGGUGGUUUUGGGGGCUUUUGCUUUGUAAGGAGCUUAAGCCGGAGUAUGAGUACGAUCUAAAAAGAAUUUGGGAUACUAGAGAAAAAAAGGGGGGGGUUAGGGACGAGAUAAUAAUGUCUAUUUAGAGUCCGGCUUUGACUGUUGCUACUACUACUAUUACUACGGCACUACGCUACUAUUUCCUUU